AUGGGGGACAGCAAGAUCAAGGGAGCUGGCUGUACAGACAUCCAGGACUUUUCUUUCCGGAUCGACAGCUUGAAUAUGAACGACCCGGAGAAUGUUGUGUGGGCAUACAGAAAUAUUCAGCAGGUGUAUAGCCACUCGGCAGUAGAUUUUGAGAAGAUGGUCAAGAUUAUGAUGGGGACCAAGCUAUUGGAUUUUAACACAAGUCUGAUUGUGUUGGAGAUGGUUGGAAAUGCUUUACAAGACCAUUUUGAAAAACAAAAAGAAGAUGAAGAAAUAAGUUUUGUUGCCAGUAAAUGCGGUCUUUCAAUCAGCAGUGGGGAAAAUAAAGUCUCUACAGGAUACAUAGACUACCUUUACAAGCUUAUUCUUCCGUUUGCCAGAAUAUGCACAAAACAGGUGGUUGAUAUUGUAGCCUUCCUAUUUACCAGAACAAGCAGGGCGGAGUUUGACGAGCUGUUUGAAAUGUUUGAGAAGAAAAAGGAUUUUCUUGUGGAGCUGUAUCUCUUGAAGGUCAGGCUUAUGAGGGAAAGAAGCUUGAAGUAUAAGUGUGGGCGAUGCAAGGACGCCAGGGAAAUGAGCAGUUUGGAAAUGGAAGAGUGGAUCAAAAACAUGAAAAUAUCCUCGGUAGGGGAGCUUGGGGACGAUAAAGGAGUAGAAUGCGAAAAGAAAACGGAUUUCUAUUCGAUUGAUAGUGCGGGGGGAGGCAGAAGAGAAGAUGGAAUGGAGGGACUCCCUGAGGAACUAAGUUUUAGCCAAGACAAGCCAUUUUUUGAAUCUACUACUUCGCCAUCAAAUAACAGUAAAGAUCGGGAGGAAGCUAAAAACAAGUUGGAAGGGGACACUCUUGAGUGCCGACCUCACCAAAGACCAUAUGAAGAGGAAUGUCAUGAUGGAGUUUGUAGAUGUAGAGUUGAAGAAUCGGAAGACAAGACUUGUCUGUGUGCUUCCUAUAAGCCCUCGGAUGAAAGCCGAUGUCUGAAGGAGGCUAAGAAGUAUCUGCUGGACAUUGAGUCUGUUUCUCCGAGGUUUUUCCUUGAGAAUGUUGCCUUAUAUCUUAGCUUGUCUUUUGACAAGGAACUUCUAGAUUUGUUUGAGAAGUAUAUAGGCACAGAGUACGAACCUGUAUGUGCCUCCCACAUAUUCAAGUUAAAAGCAAUAGAUUCUGGAGUCUUGGAGGCUAUGAUUGGGAGAAUGAGGAAUUCAAAAAGAGAGAUGCUGAAGUCUGAUAAUCUACCUGUAACAGACACAACUUUCGGGCUUUACAUCGAAUGGUGUGCAGACACUUUUGGAUCGAUAUCUAUUUCGUCUGUCAACGACUAUUCCAACAUAAGCAAGCUGUACAUCAAGUUUCUCCGGUCUUUUCCCCACAAGAAAAUGUUCCUUAUCCUUGAGGAGAUAUGCGAAAGCAAGAUCGAAAGAGUCUCGGAUGCUGUCUAUGCACACAUUGCCGAAGAUCUGGAAGAGAUAGUCAAAAUCCUUCUUAAUUUAUUUAACAGCACAGAGGAGAAUAACAAACUCUCGAAGGAUGAAGAGAAGAUGUCUAUGCUGGGCGACGAAAAGACGUUUAAGAACGCCAAGCGGCUUAAUUCCCCCGAGUUUUGUAUAGAGCAAGAAUUGGAAAGAAUCGUUCUUGAGGUAUGCAAACGCUACAGGAAGGCUUUUCUUUCUCAGAUCAGGGUUCUAGACCACUUCCCAGAUAACGAAUUCCUAUUGAAAAUAUCCAAGACUCUGUGCACGAACUAUGAGAAUGACUGGAGGUAUCGAAGAGCACUACUCCAUUCGUAUAGAGAAUGGCCUAAGUUUUUUGGAGAGAUCUUAAACAUUGACAGCUUUACAAAGGAUCCUGUGUUUAUAGUCAGAAGGACUGCUUUGGACAUAAAGGAAGAGAUUGAUGUAGGCAGUGAAAGCAAAAUACCUAAGAAAGAGACCUUGUAA